AUGCACUGCUCUGGGCUGGAGUGGAACCCAGAGGUAGCUACUCAGCUGGUGCUGGCCUCAGAGGAUGACCGGAUGCCAGUGAUCCAGAUCUCGGACCUGCGUUUCACCACAGCCCCUCUCAAAGUCCUGGAGAACCACACAUGGGGUGUCCUGGCCAUCGCCUGGAGUCUGGCUGACCCUGAGCUGCUACUGAGCUGUGGGAAAGACAACAGAAUCCUCUGCUGGACCCCAACACUGCAGAGACAUCCAGUGGUGUCCCAGGAACCCAGCGGUGCUGUCGGCAGCAGCCUUCGACGGACACAUCAGCGUCUACUCCAUCAUGGGGGGCAGCAGCCAGGCUGUCAGCCAGACGCAGGCAGACACCAUCAGCAUGUCGUUUGGCAACAUGGAUCCGUUUGGAAUGGGCCAGACCCUGCCCCCCCUGCAGUUUCCCCAAGCCUCCCCCUACACCAUCACCCCCUUCAAAAAGCCCCCAAGUGGAUCCGCAGGCCUGUGGGGUCCUCCUUCGCUGUGAACUUUGAGAAUGACUCUCGUGGAAAAUACCUGGAGCUUUUGGGAUACAAAAAGGAGGAGCUAGCAUCAAAGAUUGGAGCAGCAUUAAAGGGAAAACCUAUUAAUCCCGAGGAGAAAAAGUGCUUCGCCAGCAAGGAUAUUGCUGCCAGGAAGAUUGGGGCGGAGCUUCUGGAGAAAACACAGAGGAAGUACUUCACCAAGACUCCCAGCAAGAUCACCAAGCCUGUGUGUUUCAUCGUGACAGCCCUGGGAGUGACAGCAGGGGUCCAUCGGCUGUGGAGCCACCGCUCCUACAGAGCCAAGCUCCCUCUCAGAGUCUUCCUCGCAGCCUCCAACUCCAUGUCCUUCCAAAAUGACAUCUAUGAGUGGGCGAGAGACCACCGUGUGCACCACAAGUUCUCAGAGACAGAUGCAGACCCCCACAAUGCAACACGAGGCUUCUUCUUUGCUCACAUUGGCUGGCAGUUGGUGCGUAAACACCGUGAUGUCAUCGAGAAGGGAAAGAAGCUGGACGUUACUGACCUCUUGGCUGAUCCCGUCGUCCAGUUUCAGAGAAAGUACUAUAAGACCACGGUCCUGAUAAUGUGCUUCCUGGUUCCCACCGUGGUUCCCUGGUACUUCUGGGGCGAGACACUGUGGAACUCCUACUUCCUGGCGUCCAUCUUGCGUUACACCUGGCUGGUGAACAGCGCCGCUCACAUGUACGGGAACCGACCGUACGACCAGAACAUCAGCCCCCGGGAGAACCGCUGGGUCACCUUCGGAGCCAUCGGUGAAGGUUUCCAUAACUUUCACCACACAUUCCCCUUUGACUACUCUGUCAGUGAGUUCGGGCUGCGUUUCAACCCCACCACAUGCUUCAUCAAUCUCAUGUGCUGGAUGGGCCUGGCCAGCAACCGCAAGAAGGCAUCCGUGGAAAUAAUACAGGCCAGGAAACUAAGGACAGGGGGUGGGAGCUAUGGGGCAGUCAACACUAGACAAGAGGCAGAAACAUGAGUGGUGGUUCUCACUGAACCAAGUUGUGGUUCAGAAGUCCAUGAUGAAGACGUCAAUAUUUUCUUAUGCCGCCAUGCAUUAUGAUUUCUAAUCAUGAUUUGCCUGCUAUAUAUUCUACUUUGUUCUUUUUGGUCCCCACAAUUGCAUAUUAUGUUCUGACACAAAGGUGUAGUUUUUGACUCACUGGUUAGUUAAUCCAAGGAUUGAUGUGGAAACCAAAGACAACCAGGCACCUUUUGAAAUCAGAAUAUCAAAUCCUAGCAUUGAUACUUACCUGUUGCAAGAGCUAGGUUCUACAGUGCAAUACCCUGUGGAGAAGGGUUUCUACAGCAGGGUGACUGGUGGUGAGACAUGACCACUCCUGCAUUCAGGAGACACGUGCUGUUUAUUGUCAACAUUUUGGUUGUCGUGGCUUGGAAAAAGGUCACAGAAUGAAACGUGGACAGUAAAUGUCACAUGCAGAGGUAAUGGUGUGUGGGAGUUUACUCCUGUCACCUGUACCAAGUCACCCCACCCCCUCCAAUCCUUCAUCACAUCUAGAGAUCAACAUAGGUGGUGUGAAAAAUGUGUUCUGGGUACAGCCUAUCAGACACCCAGACAUACAGAAUACAUGAACGUCUAAAUAAGUUUAUUGCUAGUGUCAGCACUCUGACUGAGUGACUGACUCACUGACUGACUGACUGAUGACUGAGGACUCACUGAUUGACUGAGGACUGACUGACUGACUGACUGAGGACUCACUG